GCGCGCACUUCGCAACGAGCAGCAGCAGACAUCGUCAUGGGGCCUAGCGCGCAUCGGCGGGUGCCGCUGUUCAGCUGGGAAUGAAAUACCCGAUACUGCAGCUGGAGGCACGCUAAGUUGUGCAGGACCGUUGUCACUGUUCCUCGAACAGAUGAUGCUCGGCUCUCCAACGCUGCUGUUGCAUGCGCCGCAACACAACUCGUGAUCGCCAGCGCAGUUUCUCUUCGGGACAGACUUUUCCGGUCAACGGCGGCGCGAUGAUGUCUACCGACGAGGGCAUCGAUGACGAGCUCUCCGACUACUGGACCAGUCCUAAAGUUGUGGUGAAAUGUGUGGGUCCCAAGCUGGUGCCAUUCCUGAAGACAGUUGCCCUUUACUUCGUGGUGGCCAUUUCGUGGCAGCCAUCCUGGCUGGGCUGCCUGCUCAAGUGCCUUCCAGUCGCCUUCCUCAUGGUGUUCGUUGUUCUGCAUGGCAUCUCACUGGGCGAUGCACGCCACUGCUACUCACGCCGUGUGCUCUUUGGCCUUGGCCUCUCGUGCCUUGGCGACGCGCUGCUUGUCUGGCCGUGGGGGUUCCUCCCAGGAAUGGGUGCCUUUGGAGCAGCACAUCUGUUCUAUAUUGCGGCCUUUGGCACGCAUCCGCUCAACCCGUGGGCCGGUGCUGUCUGCCUUGCCUGCGUUGCUGCUGCUGGCACUUUGUUGCUACCAAACCUUAAUGGUGUGUACCUCUUCGCUGUGCCCCUGUACGGCUUUGUGCUCAUGGUCAUGGUGUGGCGUGGCGUCUCGCGGGUGCGAUUCUUCGAUGACCUCUGGACUUGGACCAAGCUGUGCUCUUGCUUUGGCGGCAUCCUCUUUGCUGCCUCCGACCUGCUCAUUGCACUCAACCUCUUCUACCUGAGUGCUCCGCCUAGCUACAUCCAGCAUGUCAUUAUGCUCUCGUACUACGCAGCACAACUUGGGAUAGCACUGUCAGUUGUCGACUGCCGCACUAUGGCAGCCAUUAGUGCUGCAAACGAGCAGCCAGCACCCUGCCGCAAUGGUAGCUCCUGCUCCACAAAUGCUGCAGCGUCUGCUACACACGUGCCAAGUACAUCUAAGACAAGGCUAGAAUAGACCACGCCCACUGAGAGAGAUGGACACUGCGGCAAACCAUAUCGUUAGAGGGCCGCACGCAUUCUUUUCGAUGAACAAAACCUGUUGCAUGUUUCCUUGACAUGUGGAGUGUCACCUAGAGCACCAUAAAUGUUAAGUCGUUGCCUGCAGCUGCCAGAUGCCUUCCAGAAUGAGCUCUUUCACAUUGCAGAGCAUGUACAAGGCACAGCAAAGGAAUUUAUUGUGCUCAUAGUACUGUGUUGCAGACAUUCCUUCUGUGAACAAAACUGCGUGCAUGCCUGGUUGCUGAACAGAGGCUAUAGCUGUUGCCUGCCAUACAUCCACUCGUUUUCUGCAAGAAUGCACUGUGCCUGCGAUAUGAAACAGCUGGCAUCGUCAUUUAUGUGCAUCCUGGACUCUGCACAUGUUGAAGCGACAUAUUAUUGAUUGAGGAGCCACCUACCUGGUCUGCAUCCGUCAACUGGGUGCGUGUGCCAAUUAUGGUCUGGCAUGGAUGGCAGCUGUGGUAUGGAAGCUUUGCAUUGAACGAAAAGCUGCCUAAACCAGUAAGACUGUCUCUGCGGGUCAAGGUGCAACAGAGCUACCAGCCAAUUUUGGCUGCAUUGCAAUGAGUGUGUGCAAUGGUGCGUCACUAUACAUUGUCAUUCUCACACAGGCACUUUUCCUCUGGGCAGGUAGAAGUUUCCUGCACUGCUAUGCUGCCGUCGUCUUGGAAUGUAGGAUUUUUUAGGUCAGGUGUACAGCAUAUUAAUAUGUACAACAGUGCAUCAUAUACUUGUGCAUGCUUUCAGUGUUUCCGCCUAGUUAGAUAUAUUACCUAAGGUCUUACAACAGACUCUGGGACACUUCAUCCCAACCUUGACAACUCACAAGCACAGCUGAAAUCUGGUGGUGAUGUUUGUCAUGUUUCACACUUGACCUACGAAUUUUCCUUGGUCAGUAUUAUUGUGGUGAGAGAAGGGAGAGAGCUGGCUUUCUCUACUUCCAAGAAGUCUGCACAACCUUACUCAGAUUCUGUAGCCGUCCCACACAGUAUCAGUGUAAAGAAACUCAAGUCCAACUAAGUUAAACGAAACUUUGUAGUGACUAUUUUUGUUCACAUUUUACGUGCAUUCUUAUUAUCACUUGUUUUAUGAAAUUUUGUGAUGCAUCUCAGAAUUAGGCCAGAGGUUGUAUCUUGUAAUGAUUCCUUUUGUACUGUUUGUGACCUUUGUCAUUUCCUGAAUCAAAACGACAACAUUGCUAUUGCCAAAAUUGGCCGCUCAGCCGGACGAAUGAUGACAAAAUAGCAUCAGAGUAGAAGGAUCCUUACAAAAUAGAGCCCGGGGCCCUGAAACACUUUCCCAACUAGUCAUGGAAUGAUCUUAGAAUGGUAUUAAAGGGCGCCAUCUUGUGAAUCUCAUGCCCCCCAAAUUUUUAGGAUCCUUCGAGUAUAACCGAGGUUAUUGCACCGAUGCGCAGCUUUCUUUUUCUUUUCAUCUCCACUCUCUGCUAGUACUGGAGGCUACACAGGGGAGAAGCCAAGAGCGCAAAGCCCCGCCUAGAAGUUGAAUGCCUCGGCGAGUAGAGUGCUCGUCAUGACACCCUGCGGUGGCUGCGAUAGACUACGCACGCCACUGCUAUCUCGGAGGCCAUGCUUUGCAGACGCCGUGUGUAGACCAACAGUGCAAAGAUGAAAUUAUUCUUCUGUCCUUUUGAGGCCGUAGGCACAUAUAUGUUUCAUUUAUUUAACUUGAAAUUUGCAAUCGUAGUAUUAAUGAUAAUAUUCUUGCGAUCACAAAAUCAGCCAAUAGCUGUUCACGAGUCCAGCUGCUUGCGAUGCUGCUGCGCGACGACAUUGCGGAAGCAAGGGCAAGUGAUUUUUCACUCUUGUUGACACGAUAUUGUCAAUUCCCUGCUGCAUGCCGUGCAAUAAUAUUUGGCAUGUUCAAAGGAGCCUCUUCUGCAGGUUGCCAACGUUUCCUUGCUACGUUCAAAAAGUGUUUCAGUGUCCUUUUAACGAAGGUUUGGUAGAUUCAUGGAAAAGUUUGCUGGUCUAUGUAGGUAUGUAAAUAAAAUAUGUACUGGAAUGUGUGCAGUGGUUAGUAUCAUUUUUCAUCUUUGCCUAAAAAAAACUCUUGCUGUUUUUCAAAUGUCAGAUUCUUAUAUUUGGUCAUGGUGUGACAGUAUACUUUACACGCAUGCACAGAACUUUCUGAGCACAUUUUCUUUAGGUUAGUAUAGGUUAUGGAUGAGCACUGUUUUAUUUAACACAACCAUUGUGGGUAGGUGUGUUCACCAAUACAGAAUUCAAUUGCUGGCUGCCGAUUUGGUGAAGCUGAUACUGUAAUGCACAUGUCUUGAUUUGUACGGCCAUUUUAAUAAGGGUGUUAUGUCGGUUGAUGCUGUUUGCCAGAUGUAAUUAAGACACAGCCACAGUUUGCAAUGGCGUAUUCUAUAGCUUAAUGUAUGGCACUUAACAUGCCAAGUUGGGAAAGGAGAGUGGGUGCAUUGUGGCCAUGUGGUUAACUUCCACUAAUUCAGCACUCGCAAGGCAUGUAAUAUUAAUUUACAUUGCCUGACACUCAAAUUGCUGCAUUUAUAUGAAUACGUUGCUUGUUGUAAUUCUCAGAUUAAAAAUUACCUGUUUCCAUGUGCACCAAAGAUUCUUACCGAAAUUGCUGGAUGCAACUCUGGUGCUACGAUUGUCAGCUACCAUGGGAAUGAUUAGUACACAGAUCUGUCUAGUCUUUAUGCUUGUGCCUUCAUAUGUUCCUAUGGCUCUAUUUACUGCGUUUUAUCUGCACCUUCAUUGCAUAAAUUUCAAGGAAAUCCUGUUUCUGUUAGCGCGGCAGGCACUCGGACUCUACGCACAUGUGUAAUUAUUGUGAAAUUUUGUAUUUAUACUGCAGUACUUUGUUGAAAGUGAUCAGUUUCCAAAGUCUCAAAUUUGAAGCUAGAAGAACAAAGUUUAGGGCAAGUCCAUGUGUGCUAACCAUGCUGGCUGAGCCGCCACGCUUGCAGCUCCCAUGACAGUAGCGCCAGGACUACUUCUGGUGACUUUUGUAGGAAACUCUAAUGUCUGUUACAAUGGCUGUGGCUUCCCCCUGAUGCGUAUUAGGUCACAGGUUCGAACCUCAGCCAUGGCAAGUGCAUUCCGAUUCCGGAAUGUAAAAACACUCGUAGAACUCUGCAAUGUGGUAAAACAUUAAUCUCAACCCUUCCACUAUGGUGUCCCUCAUAACCCCAUUGUUAUUUUAGGUAUGUCAAACCCCAUUAACCACUAUACUGAUCAACCAAUGUAAAAAUGCAACAUGUGCAAUACUGUUUUUUUUAUUAUUCAAACAGAUUUUGGUAAGAAAUUGCAUGCUAAAAUUUUUUUUAGAGAUUUUGGGGACAGAUAUCUUUGUAAGCGAUGCUACUUUUACCAAUUUCUUCAAAGCAGGAAGGACUUCACUCCUGCUUGGCUUUAAUUUGCAAUUUCAACAUUUGUCCUAAAAUGAAUUUAAAGUAAAAGGAAUUUAAAGUUAACUUAAAAUGCAUUUAAAAUUUAAUAGGAAUUUAAAGUAAGAUUUAGCCACCAGGACAUUGCAAUUUCUCAAGCUGCUAACUUAAGCUUCUCCCAGAAAUUCACCUGCAGAAGCAAAACAGCACUAUCUUUGAUAGGCCGUCUUUUUGUAUCUGCUUGAAAAAAAAUCUGGUGGUGUCUAGUUAACUAAGCUUAUGAACUUAACACAAUAUCUUCCUUCCUACACACUGCAUUUUACCACAGAACAGAGAAAAAUGAGCAUUGAUAAUAAAUGUAGUGUGGCGAAAACUAGAAUCUGUUUGUUUUUGUAUGUGUAUUGAAAGGGUUGGAACUUUUUGGGGGCACUAUUGGCGUUCCCUGUAGGAGAAAGUGUAGAGAUGAAGGGGGACUGGGGAAUGGCAUGACCUUGAAGCUUAUCAGGGGACCUUAUGUUCGAUAUUAUGAGGAGGAGUGCACCAGGCUGCCCAAUCCAGUGCUAUUUUUGAGGUCUACUUUUACUUAGACUUGUUUGUGGAUUCUAAUGAAGAACGAAUUACUACUUUACAAUGCCAGAUCAUUCAAAUAAAUUAAAAAUGACUUCCUUACAUGAUAGAAAAAUCCCCAGUUUCUCUCCGAGUUGCACUGCUCACAAGCGGUAUGCAGAGAUGACUGCCAGAACAGGCUCACACACAAGUUUUACAAUUGGGCAGGUGUGUCAUUUCUGCGGUUGCCGUAUUUGGCAUAAAGAUGCGUCAUUGCAGUAAUUUCUUUUUCAGACAAAAUAUCCCUGACAUUAUAUUGUUAGUCAUCCUAUAUGUACACAUAUUCGAUAAACAGUGCCUUCAAGAUAUGCAUUGAAGUAUUCAUUGAUACGAGAUUGUCUCUAACAGCAGUUUGUGUACAUGCUUUGAAGUGCGUGAAGGUUCUUGCAAGAUCACAAUGCCCUUGUAACAGGUUAGCAUUAUCUUAAUAAGCGCAUAGAUGCACCAGAUGUGGUUAAAGAAUAAGGUGCAUUUGUGCAUCUAAUAGACAUUUGAAAUCUUGGAAUUUAAUGAGCUUCCUGUACCAUAGAUGUAUGGGCAGCCUGUUUGAAUCUUUCCAAAAGAAUCAAAAGGGUAUUAAAUGUCACUAUACACUGAAUUAAUGGGAUUUCAUUCACGCUACAAACAUACACCCAUCUUAGCUGCAAGCUGCGCUUAGAAGUGACAAUGCGUAAAUUGAAAGACAACAUAUUGUUUGAAAACAUACUGAUGUGCGAUUGUCUUUGCAAAACAAGCAGCUGAAAAAAAGCUUGCUUAACAUGAUUUUAGAAUUUGAAUUUUUUUGAUUUUCAACAUAGUUACAGAAUGUACAAUACAUAGAAGGGAGUCCCAUCAUGAAUCACAAUAAACCCCUAAAAAAAUUUGUUUGCAUUUCUAUUGACCAUACAGUAGUUUUGCACUAUAUAUAAGUAUAUCUCUUGAUAAAGGCCAGACCCCAGCCGAAACAUCAGUAAAGUCCUGUUAUUUUUCCUACAUGCUUCUAUUCUUUAAGCUGUUCAUGUGCUGGAUCUUGUGAUUUUAUGCUAUAUAUAUUUAUAUAUAUACUUUUGCUGGAUGGCGCCUUUCUUUCUUGUGGCGUAGUGUCUUGUGAACUAAGGAGAAAAAAGGUAGGCUGUUGCAGCAUGAAUUGAAGUUGAACCUUUUUCUCAGCUGCACUUGUGGGAUCAGUCCUGUAUGAGGGGAUGCUGUAAAGUUCCUGGCUUUGCCAACUUGCAUGUAGAAUUAAAACAUAAACUUAGUAUCAUAUAAAAGCUUGAUAUCUUGUUAAGCAAUAGUGAAAAUAUGAGAUGUGUCCGAUUUUCAUGACUACUUUAAUUUCAGAUAGAACCUGAGAUGGCAGUGGCAGUAGCUAAUUUCACAUCCGUGGAGUUAUGGGGCAUCAUAAACUUUGUUUUUUUUUCUGAGAAAGUCUGCAAAGGACAUUCACACUGAGAUGUCAGAAAUAUGAGGGGAGAAAUGUCCUUCUUACAGCACUGUAAAAAACCUGGGUUUCUCAUCUCAAGACUGGGCAUUUUACCAUUGAAGACGAACCCCGCAGUGGGCACCCCCCAACCUCGACAUAACCGGCGACAAGCGAUAAUGUCCAUAAGCUGAUUCUUGAGGAUAGGUGGAUAUCCGCCAAAAAGAUAGCCUUGUUACUUGACACCUGCAGGGAGUGUGUUGGUUUCAUUACUACCAAUAUCCUACACAUGUGCAAGCUUUCAGCGAAGUGGGUGCCAAAAUCUUUGAACAGUGAACAGAAAGAGGCAAGAGUUGAGGCAUCCAGCUCUGUUUUGGCCCAUUUUGAUGAUACAAAGGAUUUUUUGGAUAGGUCAGUGACCGAGGAUGAAACCUGGCUCCCCAUUUAUGACCCAGGAACCAAGGAACAGCCAAAGGAAUAGCGUCACAGUGGGUCCUCGUGAAUGACAAAGUUCCGCACCCAGAAAUCGGUCAAAAAAGUCAUGCUGUCAAUUUUCUGGGACAAAGACGGUAUUCUUUUGGUGGACUACCUGCCUCGGGGCUUUAGUAUAACUAGAGGGUACUACGCCAGCCUCCUGGAGCAGUUGAAGGAGGCAGUAAAGACGAUCCACUGGAGAAAGUUGACCAAAAGGAACCUUUUUGUUGCACGGCAAUGCACCUUCACGCAUGUCCAAAGUUAUGCCUGCCAAACUGAAAACCCUGCAUUUCCAAUUGCUCCACCAUCCCCCUAUUCACGUGACUUGGUGCCUUCUUACUGUUUCCCAAUUUGAAGAAACUACUGAAGGGUCACCAUUUUGAUGACAUUGUUGAUUUCAAACAUGCUGCAGAGAGCGUGUUUGAUGACCUAUCACAAGGUUUUUUCUUAAAUGGGUUAGAAGAGCUGAAGCAACGAUAUAACAAGUGCAUCAGCCAGAGGGGGGGAAUAUGUUGAAUAUAUGUGUACUUUCGAAACUUUGACUCUAUUCUUUCUGUGCAAAGCCAGAAACUUUUCAGCACGCCCUUGUAAAUGCAGGAAACACUGCUGGCAAAUACCAAGCAAACUUGUUUUACCCACAUUUGAAUUGCCACAUUCUAUUGCAUUAAGCCAUGUGCCAUGCAUGCUUGUGUGUACAUACAUAUAUAGCUGGCCCUAAUGAGUGUUGUUAGUUUAGAAUAAAGGGACUGCACAUAUUUCCUCUAGACUUUGGCAGGCCAGAUUUUCGUGUUUCACUGAUAUUAAAUGAAUGCUCAAGACAACCUCCUUACUCAAGGCUGUGAAAGGGCAUUUGGUGCUAGUCGCAUUAAAAUAAACUCAUUUGAAGCUCUAA